GAGGGGCAGUCUGAGGAGCGUGCAGGUUUUGCGUCAUUGGGACACUCUUGCCUCCUCUGCCCCCUCCUUGUCAAUUGUAGUCCGUGGGCCGGCGGGACGGGUUGCCAUGGCGGGUGGACGCACGGCGUCAGGGGGUGGGGCGGGGAAGGUACCAGAUGCGGAUUGAGAGUCGGAGUCGGACCCGGAUCGGGAUCACCCCACCCGCCGCGAGCCCAGCGCCUGCUCCGUGUGAGGCUCCGGCAGCGGCGAUGGGAUUGUGCCUGCCGUGUCUGGGAGGGGCGGCCCAGGAUGUGGUGGAGACACCCGACCCGGAAACCAGAAGACGACAAUUAGCAGAAGCUGCUGAGAAGAGGCAGAAGGAGAAUGUGCACCGAGGCAUUAAGAAUCCUGAAUCGGUGGAGCGAAAGAAGCAAAAGCAGGAGGCAUUGGAAAAGCAGCAGAUGAAUUCUACACCUGCAGGAGGCGGUGGUGGCCUCAGGUGGCAAGUUGGUUAAAGGAGCUGAAGAACCGAUGGAAGAUCUUCACUAUUGCCAAUAUAGCGUUGACCUUGCUGGCCCUUGUUACUGAGAGGUUAAUGUUCUCUGCGUGGCUUUCGGUGUUUGAUUAGAAAGACCCAGAAUUGUGCCAUCCUUCGCAUUGAAUGUUCUGUACAAAGGCUUUCUGUAUUCCAACAGAAGUGUACAAUGUUUCUUCCAGUAAUUUAAAGAGCUGUCCAUCAAUGUUUAAAACAUUAAACAAAUCCAGUCACUUUUAAGCAACAGUGGAAACUACUCAUGGCUUGGAUGUUGCUGUCCCAAGGGAUCCUUUGUUUUGCUUUUAUUUUAGCUGGAGAUUGUAUUACUAAAUGUUUACUUUCUAUAAAUUAUCAUUAUUUAUAAAGCAGUGUAACUACCUUUUGUGGAUUUUUGUAGAUAAUUCAGCUGCAGCUUUACUAGGCAAGGUUUUCUAUAUUUUAUAACCACUUGAUUUUCUAAACCUUUGUGCCUUGGAGAUAGUGUGGGGAAAUGUGUGAAAAUAUGCUUUCUUUUAAUGCUAUAGCUUAUGUUUAUUAAAAUAUUUAGCAUCCUUUU